UUUCAGACUAACAGCAUUUUAUUUGUUGUGCACUUGAUGGAAAGAAGAAAAAAACAAGAACAAUAACGUGGGCGCUUGCGUUGGUGAUGCGCCGCCGCCACUUGGCGUUUCCUUUAUUGACGUAAUUUUGCACAUUUUUCACUCGUACUUUUUUUUGUCAUUGUUGUGUCAAUCGAUUCAACAGCAUUCAACAUCAUUUCUGCCACGAAAAGGGAUUUUAUCGCACUGCUUUUGGGGAAAAUUUCCUACUGUUCCGUUAAAGAACUAUGUAAAAAUGACGAUUUAUCAGUUGCGUCGUUUACAUGUCAGUCAAAGUCCGCAGUCAUUGUUACCAGAUGAUACGGUCCUCUUGUACCAAACAACAAAAAUUGGGAGGAAUCCUGACUUAGUCGACGUUGUCCUAAUUUCACAAGUGCACAGUAAUAUGAUCUCAAGAGAACACACAACAAUAUUUGUAAAAGCAAAACGUGAUCGAUACGCAUGUUUCAUAAAAGAUCAUUCCCUCAAUGGUACUUAUGUUAACGACUUCAGGGUAGCAGGUGAAGCUGAGCUGCAACAGGGUGAUGUGAUCAAAUUUGGACAUGUAAAUGGUGCAGCUAUUAAGCCUGGUUGCUAUGGACCGCAAACCUCAGCCGAAUUUACAUUCGUUUUUGAAGAAGCACCAGCUCAUCGUUUGAGUGAUCGUAGACGUCCUAUAACAAUUAUGGGCAAUGCACGGCAGGAUUUGUCCCAGAUGUUUGUCGGUGAUGGGAAGAAUUUGCAUACGACAUCUCGGUUACCUUUGGCUAACCCAUCAAUUGAACUUGCCACUUCAUGGCAGAAUCCGGUUGCUGCUGGCGCCGCAGCAGCCCCGUUCUAUAAUUUACAGAGGUUUCCCGGUUAUUAUCAAGCGGCCUUCCCUCAACUCAGUUCUGCAUAUCUGCACUCACUCUGGCCUCAGAAUCCUUGGCCAUCGCAACCACCUACGGCUACUCAGCAGCUUCAGCAGCAUCAGCUGGAACAACAGAAACAAGUAGAGACUGUUACGGCUACUGCUGCGCAGUAUGGUCAGUUGACUAAUUCGGCGUGGAGGGGUGCAAAUGCGCAGCUAGCUGCUGACACUUCAUCUUUUAUGGGAGCUACUGGUGAUAAUCGAUUGCGUACUGUUGUAUCUGAGCAAACAUCUCCAAGAGUUACUUCGAAUAUCACAUUUCAAAUGGGGGCUACUGCUGCCGUUGCAGGAGCGUGUUCUCAGCGAUUGGUUACCGCAACUGCAGCAAUCACAGACCAGCCGUCAGGAAUUGUUGGCCAAAACAUCAGUACGCAAAGCAAUCAGUUAUUACAGUCUUUAGCACAGCAGACACCAGCUUCACGUUCAGUUAAAGCUUCGGCCUCUGCUGCAGUGUCAGGAAAUAUUCGGAAUACUCGAAACACUGGGACAACAGCUACAUGUCAACAUCAUUAUUCAACGAGUUCUCAAGUAGCCGAUACACAGAGGGUUUCAAGAUUAACAGAUUGCUCUUCCACUCAUAUAAUUGCUACACCAUCAUCUAUUGAUAGUGUGAAACGUGUGGAAUGUGACAGUUCGGUACCAAGUCCACCCAAAAGCCAACAGCAACCACAAACGACAGGAGCUGUUUUUGGUGUUGUACCAACCGGUAUCGUUAGUAUUCAUCGAACAGAAACAACAGCAGUCUCAUCGCAACCAUCACUAUCACCAACAACAUCUGUUCAUGCUCCAGCUCAAGGUCAGGCUAAGGCUUCAGUCCCAAUACCAUCAGCAACUGCAGCGAUACCAGGCAAUAAACAAAGGUCUAGUAAUCAUAGAAUCCCAACGGCAGUAACCACUUGUAGUACUUUCACAGUUUCAAGUGUUGCCAUGACCGACAUAAACGUGAGCGCAGUAGCCCCAACACCAGCUGGAUCUGUUGCAUCUGCUGCUCUUCCUCAAGUGCCGAUGUCACGUACGGCAACCGCAGUUAUAACACAAGAAAGACCUAUGGCAGGGUUGCAAAGAGAAAAUGGCGAACGGAAUGGUCGGUUGUCUGAUUUGGAAGAGUUAACGGAAGAUUUGUUAGAAGAUUGCGGCCCACCAAGGCGUGUACCUACACCGGCAUCUAGUUCCUCUGAAUUACCCACUGCAUCAACGGUAAAGCAAAACCCACUUACCAUAGAGGAGGAAUCGAAGCCAUCUGAAUCAAUACGUUCACCACUUCACCAAUCACCAAAAAGACGCGGACAUGGUCACUCGGAUUCGUCUUGUUCCCCUACUCAAACACCUGCCGUAGUAGAGCAAAAAACUGAGCCAAAGAGACGACGCAAAAAUAAUGAGGUAGCCAUGUUGUUGAAUGAUUUAACUGAAGUAGCAUGGCAUCAUCUUGCAAGAAAAAGUACUAACAAAAUCACAACGCCAACACAAACGAGGAAAGUGUACACGCAUGACGAAGAUGAAAAUGAUGCUGAUAACAAAAGUUGUAAAAGUGAUUCAAGUGGCUCAGAAAGGCCUGAAAAAACGAAGCAGCAGCAGAAGAAUGUUACGAAAACGAAAAGCGUUUCGUCAGCGAAGAGUAUAACUGCUUGCAAAGCUAGAGAUUUUGAUAGAGGCAGUGCACGGAAACGUGGUCGUCCAAAGAAAGGUUGCCUUACUUCUCAAAAUGUAGUCACUACAAAAAUAAUUAAGAAGAAAACAGCAGUGAAAAAGAAGAGAAAGAAAAGAUCUUCUAGCAGCGAUAACAUAAGCUCAGAUUUUGAAGGUAAUGAAGAAGAGAGGAGAGAAGAUUUGAAGGAACCACAAAUUCUAUCGAAAAACCAGCCAGGUACAUCAGCGGCUGAAAAGAUUGAAAGAGCUCUUGAUAUGAUGAGGAAAAGGCAGACAUUACCGGAUUCUGAUAAUGAAAGUAGCACUUCCUCAUUUGUAAGUUCUUCCUCACCUUCUCCGAUUCGGCGAACAUGGGGUGCAACAUCACAACGCAAAACUGGGCACGCUGCUGGUGGUAGUGGUGUAAGCAGGAAAACAAUGAGCAAAACAGGCCGUUCGAUGAGUAAGAUGCCACGGAAGCAACCACAAAAGGAAAUGACCUCUUCUUCCACAAGUACCCGAAAAAAAGGACGUAAAAAGAAAAAGCGGUCAUCGUCUAGCGAAAGUGAAUUGUCUUUGGAAACGAGCAGUGUUGAAUGGGAAAAGAUGAAGCCAGUGGUUACGCCGCUACCGGCUGCACAUGCGCCAAUAGUAUUCGAUGAAUGGGCAUACCACGAUCCAGAAAAACAAUGCGACGCCAGGUCAGGUUGCAAAAAACCACAAAGUGAAAGUGUUGUUUGGGUGCAAUGUGAUUACUGCUGCCGGUGGUACCAUAUGGAAUGUGUAACUGAUCAUGGUGUAACAGUUGGUAAUUCUGAUGAUUUCAACUGUGGUUGUAGGGAUUCAAACAAAAUGAGCUGAGAAUGUGCAACGAUUUUCUUCCAUAUAUGGUUCGUUGCAUGCAACAACUUUUAGUGUUCGCUUUUUUUUUUUUGCAUUUCCAGUGGUAUUUGCUAAGGGUUAUUUAGUAAUGAUAUCAAGUUUUGCUUAGGUCUCGUUUGUUGUUUAAUUCUAUAUUUGUUGUUCAUUUCGCAAACAUAUGUGGCCUUUGAUGGAUUAUAGGCUUGUAGUCGUUCAUUUUCUUAUCCAGCCCAAAUUCCG